AUGGCGGUGAAGACGCUCCUGCGAACGCGGGCGGUGCUCGACCUAUGCUGUGGGGAUGUGGUGCUCCCGAGUGCGCCGCCCGCGCUGGAGGAGACGCCCGGCGCACAGGAGGCUGCCGCGCAGUGCAGGCGGCACUUGCUCGUUCUCCAGGCGAGGUUCGCCACGGGUGGCAUCGACCUCGGGGUGGAUCGAGUCUUGGCGCUGCUGGGCGGAGGGCAGCACGCCGCCGCCCAAGGACAGGGCCGCGCCUCGAUUGCCAGGGAGCGCGCGCGCUCGACCCCUCCGCCUCGAAACUCCAGCGCUGGCCUGGAGGACGGCGUGUCGGGUGGGUCACCCACCCUUCGCACGCUGAUCGAGACGCUAGCAGUCAGCGCAGGCCUCAUGCACCGCUGGGCGAGGGAGGACGACGGAGAGUCCAGCGCGCUGCGGGUGGUGCUCCACGCGAUCGAGGACUGCCUGCAGACGGCGAGAUCUCUGCCCCUGCCGGGCUCCCCGGCCCUCCGCGGGCCCAGCGUUGGCUCCCGGACUCCAGCGGCACGGGCGGCGCAGCGGGACGACGUGCACAGGCAGCGGUUCUGCGAGUUUCUCAGCCGCAUCGCUUCCAAGGGCGCGGAGGCCGUCAGCGACGGGGGCCAUUGUUUGCUGCUGGUGGUUGUCCAGAAUCCUUCGGGCGGCGACUUCUCAGUGGCCGUGGUCAAUUCUGGAGAAGGCCUGCAGUACCACCCAGCGCGCUCCUCUGGGGCCGCGCCGCGGCCAGAUCUGCCCGUCAGGCAGUCGCCACUGAUCAUCCUCGGCGUCCCCAGGGAUCGCCUUGUCUGCAGCACUUUCUGGUACGUGCUCUACAGGCAGUUUGCGCACCCGGCCGCGAGCAAUGGCCCCGGCCUGCUCUACGGGAGGCUGCUGCCCGCCCUGAACGCCCGUCCUCUCUCGGAGAACUUCGGUGCCGAGCCCGAAGGCUGGGUCGACUUCGCGCCAGUGCCGGUUGCGGGCGACGGCUCCUUCGUCGUGUGCGUGCUGCGGGCGAUCCAGUUCUGCCUGCGAGCCGUCGGCCUCGGGGCCGAGCCCGCUGCCUGGUCCGGCGUGCGGCUGCGGCGCGAGCUGGCCGCCGCCUCCCUGGCGCGCGCCUGCGCGGAGCACGCGGAGAGGCACCCGUGCGCGGAGGCCGCCAGGGGGCCCGAGCUGGAGGGGUGCGCCAGGCUGGUGGAGCGGGUGGAGGCGGCCGUGCGGCGCCUGGAGCUGGCGGAGCAGAGCGCCUGCUCCGUGCAGCCACCGCCGUGCGCCGCCGACCUGGUCUCGGGCGGCUGCAGCGAGUCGUCGGUCCAGUUCGGGCGAUUCGAGCGCCUGCUGCGCGAGGACGUGGAGCACCUGAAGGGGCAGGCCAAGCCAUCCCGCACGCUGGUCUCCGUCCCCACGACCAUGAUGCCCCGGGCGGCGUCCUGCUGCAGGCUCGCGGCAAACCUCUUGAACCUCCUCGCCAACCAGCAGGAGCACGUGCCGCAGUCGGCCCUCGCCCGCUUCGCGCUCGUCUCGAAUCUGCUGGCGCGCGUUCUGCCGAUGCCGCUCCCGGAGAUGCUGUUCGAGACCAAGUUGGACCUGAUGAGGCACCUCCAUCUCGUCGCGCGGCACUUUGCUGCGGUCUGCUUCACGCUCCGCGCGACGCGCGAGACCGACGGCGCUCGCGUGGUUGUGUCUGCCGCCCUCGUCGUGCUCUUCGACGCCCUGCUCCGCUGCCCGGUUGCUGGACCAUUCCACGGCGAGCUGGCGUCCUUGCACUACAGUGGCCGAGCAGAUGGUCCGUGCCCCCCUUUCGGCAUCGACGCCCGCGACUUUCGCAAGGCGUCAGAAACCCUGCUGCUGGUGGCACCAGAGAACCAAGCCACGGCGGCGGAUUUCGACGGUGUCGAGCAGUGUGUCGCUAGUAGCCGCAUGCUCUUCAGCUUCGACGAGUCCAUGGCGUGCUCGGAGGCCGAUGCUGGAUUCACUGAGCAGCUCGGCCUCUGCAUCGGGCUCGACCUCGCCAGGCAGGAUCUGCCCCUGCUCAUAUCGGGCGAGCGGCCCGAGCUGCUCGACACGCUGCCGGAGCUGGGCUGGUUCCGCGACGUGGUAUUCUUGUGGAAGAUGCUACUCCUGCCAGCGGAAAGAUCACCAGUCAGCGGAAACCUUGGCGUGCCAGCGACGCGAUACUGCGGUGGACAUGGGAUAGGGACCGUUUCGUCGUGA